AUGGAAGCAAAAAACCAGAACAUCGGAAAAUAUAAUCACCUAGCGCUGGCAAGGGAUAUAUAUAACCUCAAAAUAGAUAAUGUUAAGAAAAUUACUGCCCAGGGGAAAAAAGAGGUUUCGUGCAAGGGAGUAGCACUACGCAUAGAUCUAAACAUUCCAAUUACAGAAAUUAGUAUUGCCAUAUCAUCCCCAAUCAAAAUCCUAGAAAUGAAAAGACUCAAUAAAAAAAUCAUAAACAAAGACGAAACAGGUAAAACAACAAUUAAUUAUGUUCCUUCAGAAACUCUGCUAAUAAUGUUUGAAGGAACAAACCUACCGAUAUCAAUUAACAUCUUUGGUCUCCCAAUAAAAAUUAACCCAUAUAUACUCUCAGUUACACAAUGCUUUAAAUGUCUACUAUACGGUAAUACUCAAAAAAAUUGUAAAGACAAAGAGAACCCCAACAAUCAGAUAACACCACUACAAUACUAUCCCCACCAACAAAGAAAAAAAAGAGGAAACAGUACCAAUGACUCAUCAUUCCACUCAUGCAUAAUUAGUCCAAAUAACCGUAGUCCACCAAUAUCACCUAUAUUAACAAUCCUAUCAAAACCAUCCUCCCCAAGAGUGGGCCACCCAAACACUCCAAGCUCUGAUCAGCUAUCCUCACCAAACUCUGAUCAGCUAUCCUCUCCAAACAAUGAUCAACCUAGAUCACAAAAUAUUAAUAACUUUUAUGAAUUUGAAAAAAUAUACAACUCUCAAAACACUCUUACACAACAAUCAACUAACAUCAGCAGUUUAAAUUCCAACAAACACAAUCUUAUUAAUCUUGUGAGGGACAAUGAACCUGACAUAAUAAUUCUUAAUGAAACUUGGUUAAAACCCAAUUUUAAGUUCUCAUUUACAGGAUUUCAUACCAUCAGAUCAGAUCGAACAGAUGGACAAAAAUCUAGUUGUGAUCAACGACCAUUGCAGUACCAGCUGAACUCCUCAUGGAUGAGAAUCCCUGACUGUGGCUUUAGCGAUCAUUACCCCACAUUUAUCUCAAUUUUUUUUAAUAAUUCCAAAAUUAUUCAAAACGAGACUAUUGCAAGAAGGAAAUUUAGAAAAACAGACUGGCACAGGUUCUCAAAAGAGUUAGAGUGCGAGAUCUCAUCUAUACCUGAGAAAACAAUAAGAAAAUUCUCAAACAAUCAUAGUAAUUUUAAAAGCCGCCUCCCAAGCAAUGAAAUUGCACCUAAAAUCCUUGAAAAAUUAAAUAAAAUAGAUAUUAACCCUAACCAUCAAUUAGUGACAAAUGACAUUCAGGCCCCACCAAUCACAGUAGAAGAGAUCAAAUUCUCCAUUAAAUACAAAAAAGAUUCAGCAACAGGGAUGGAUGAGAUCUCGUACUCCAUUUUAAAUAACUUACCUAAAAAGUGGACCAGUGGAGGGAUAACAUGA